GCGCGGCCGCGCCGCGGGGGCGUGGUCUCGGCAGCGGCGGACUGGCGGGUCAGAAGUAUAAUGUCCCAGGAAAGCAGCUAUGGGAAGUGGACAAUAUCCAGUAGUGACGAAAGCGAGGAUGAAAAGCCCAAACCUGACAAGCUGGCAACAUCCUCUUGCCCCCACGCUGGGCAGGGCGUGUCGAAGGAGCCCACGUACACCUGCUCAGAGGCCCGCAAGGCUGCACACAAGAGACAGAUCUCACCUGUGAAAUUCAGCAACGCAGACUUGGUGUCACCCCACAAAAAGCAGAAGAGUGGUUCCCCGGAAGGUCUCGGCUGGUGUCUCUCCAGCAGCGAUGAUGAACAGCAGCCAGAUGUGACACAUCAGGAACAGCCUCAAGAAAAAAAGCAUGACUCCUCACCCAGUGUGACUACUGCCCAGAAAGUUGAGGAUAGAAGCCCUCCUGCCAGCCAUAGGCCCCACACGGCAGAUGAGUACGAGACCUCAGGGGAAGGCCAGGACAUCUGGGACAUGCUGGAUAAGAGGAAUCCCUUCCAGUUUUAUCUCACUAGAGUCUCGGGGAUUAAGGCAAAGUAUAACUCCAAAGCCCUCCACAUCAAGGAUAUUUUAUCCCCUCUGUUUGGGACACUUGUCUCUUCAGCUCAGUUUAACUACUGCUUUGAUGUGGACUGGCUUAUAAAGCAAUAUCCACCAGAAUUCAGGAAGAAGCCGAUCCUGCUUGUGCACGGUGAUAAGAGGGAAGCCAAGGCGGACUUACAUGCCCAGGCAAAGCCCUAUGCAAACAUUUCCUUCUGCCAGGCAAAGUUGGAUAUUGCAUUUGGAACACACCACACGAAAAUGAUGCUCUUGCUCUAUGAAGAAGGCCUCCGAGUCGUCAUCCACACCUCCAACCUCAUCCGGGAAGACUGGCACCAGAAAACCCAAGGAAUCUGGUUGAGCCCUUUGUACCCACGAAUUGACCAGGGAAGCCACACAUCUGGAGAGUCAAGCACCCAUUUCAAAGCUGACCUCACCAGUUAUUUGAUGGCAUACAAUGCUCCCCCUCUGCAGGAGUGGAUAGACAUCAUCCAAGAGCACGAUCUCUCUGAAACCAAUGUUUACCUUAUUGGUUCAACCCCUGGACGAUUUCAAGGAAGUCACAAAGAUAAUUGGGGACAUUUUAGGCUUAGAAAGCUUCUGCAGGCACUUGCCCCAUCCGCACCCAGUGGCGAGAGCUGGCCUGUCGUGGGUCAGUUCUCAAGCAUUGGCUCCCUGGGGCCUGAUGAAUCCAAGUGGUUGUGCUCAGAGUUUAAAGAGAGCUUGCUGGCACAGAGAGAGGGUGGCCGAACUCCGGACAAAAGUGCAGCUCCUCUUCAUCUGAUCUAUCCUUCUGUGGAGAAUGUGCGGACCAGCUUAGAAGGAUACCCUGCUGGGGGCUCUCUUCCCUAUGGCAUCCAGACGGCUGAAAAGCAGAGGUGGCUACACUCCUACUUCCACAAGUGGUCAGCAGAGACAUCCGGCCGGAGCAAUGCCAUGCCACAUAUUAAGACGUACAUGAGGCCCUCACCAGACUUCAGUAAACUGGCUUGGUUCCUUGUCACAAGUGCAAAUCUGUCCAAGGCUGCCUGGGGAGCGUUGGAGAAGAACGGCACCCAGCUGAUGAUUCGCUCCUACGAGCUCGGGGUCCUUUUCCUCCCAUCAGCAUUUGGCCUGGACACCUUCAAAGUGAAACAGAAAUUCUUCUCCAGCAACUGUGAGCCGAUGGCCUCCUUUCCUGUGCCCUAUGACCUGCCCCCAGAGCUCUACGGGAGUGAAGAUCAGCCAUGGAUUUGGAACAUUCCUUAUGUCAAAGCACCUGACACGCAUGGCAACAUGUGGGUGCCCUCCUGAGGCGAAGUGCUGUGACAUUUGAGUGUGACACAGUGGAUGCUCUUGUUUGUACUGAAAAUUCACCUCUCUUAAAGUCUUGCACCCAUUCAAGACUCCUCACGAAAGUCGAUCUGGGCUGUGUCUGAUGGUCAUUGUCAACAUUCUUAUUAAAGAAGAGGUGUUAUUUUCUUAAUUCACUUUUAUAUGUCCUAAAAUGAAGCUAUUAAAUUUCACGGUAU